AUGGCUGCUCGUACUAAUGCAAUCAACGCCGCGUUCGAGACUGCGGUUCGAGACUUCAAGGCGGCCCUGGGAGACGAGAAGCUCUUCGAGGCUAUCUCGAAGACGAAAUGCAUUAAGGACGUCUACGAUGCCACAGACGCACUACAGAAAGAACAGGCGGCAAGUGGGCGUCUUCGGCACCUAGCCAAGAUUCAGCCUUACUUAGAAGGGCUCAGAAGUUACGCCAGUGUGAUAGAGGUCUUUGUUCAGACCAAACAAGAUGUUUUAUCCUUGAUCUGGGGUCCCAUAAAGCUCCUCCUGCAAUGGACCAAUAACAUGAAGCAGACAUUCGAUGCCAUCGUUGAUGCACUUGCAGACAUAGGUCUUUUACUACCAGAAUUCCAAGAGGUCAGCAAGCUCCUCACCCACAAUGAGCACAUCAAAGAUGUGUUGGUUUUCUUCUUCCGAGACAUCUUAGAUUUCUAUCUCAUUGUUCUGAAGUUCUUCCGCAAAACAUAUUUGAAAUUGAUUUUCGAAUCCAUGUGGCCAAAGCAACGAGAAAAGAUCAAUAUUGUGAGGGCUCAAAUUCAAAGGCACACACUCCUCUUGAGGCGGGAGGUUGGCCUAGAACAUAUCCAGGAGGCGCACAAUGCUCAGCUACAAGCUCUGGCUCACUAUGAGAAAACUGAAAAGUCUUUCCGGCGGCAGGAGUACACGUCUCUAAAGAUCAGCAUAAGCCAUAGAGCCUAUGAGGGCACACUUGAUUCAUUCCAACCUCGGGUCUAUCAGGAAACUGGGCGAUGGUUGCUGAAAGAUCCAUUAUUCAUCAAAUGGCUGGACAUGUCAGACGCUUCCGUGAAAGUUCUAUGGUUGCAGGGGAUACCUGGCGCAGGGAAAACAUUUCUAUCCAGCAUCAUUGUCCACAGGGCCAUAGAAGUCGAGCAGACGCGUACGAUCUAUGCAUUCCUUAGCUACAGAUUCCGCGACACCUCAUCAGCUGUCUCGAUUCUCCAUUCACUACUCUUCCAGCUGGCAUCUGGCCAUGAUGACUUGGAGGAUAUACUUUGUCAAGCAAGCACCGAAGUCCAGAAGCGCAGUGUUGAUGCAACUGCCAAUCUCCUGAGAACCCUUCUCGGUUGUGCUGGGCCAACCUAUAUUUUGAUUGAUGGCAUGGACGAAAUCGAAGAGACAGAGCGUUCACGAUUCCUGAAGCAGGUCCUUGAAGUAUCCAGAGCCUGCCAGGAAGUGAAGAUCCUCAUAAGUAGCAGGGCUGAGGCAGAUAUUGCGGAUCUUCUCAAAGAUCAAGUGUCGAUUCGUGUCGACUCCCGAAACGCUGGGAGUAUUCAUACAUUCGUAAAACGACGUACAGAGGAGUGGUUUGACAAAUGUGAGUUCUUGCCAGAAGCUCGUGAUGAGAUUCAGGGUCUAUUGGCGCCACUCGCCUCCAAGGCAAAAGGUAUGUUCCUUUACGCCGAAGUGGUCUUGAGCAGCAUGGAUUCUUUGGACGACAUAGGAGAGAUUCGAGAGGAACUCAAAGUUCUGCCAGAGAGCCUAGACGCUGCCUACUCUAGGAUUCUGGACCGGAUCAACCGCUUGAGUGCUCCACUAAGGGACAAAGUUCGAAACAUCCUUGGAUGGGUUGGAUGCGUUCCAGUACCAUUGAUGAUUCAAGAAAUUGAGCAGGCUCUUGUCGUCAGCCGCGAGGGCGUCCAGGGAAAUGCGAAAGUGAUUUCUGUCCUGAAUAUGCCCAGGGUCUGCGGUCCGAUUGUUGAAGUAGUCGAUGGAUAUGUGCAGUUCGUCCACUUCACUGUCAAGGAAUACUUUUUCAGUCCAAGUAUCAAUGGAUCCUUGAGUUUCAUGGAGGCCACAUUAAGCCUCGCAACGUGUUGCAUCACAUAUCUUUGCCAAACGCAUCACGACUACAAUAUUCCGGAUGCAGACCUCGAAUACAACAUACUCUCUGGAGCCUAUCGACUCCACGAUUUCGCAGUACUCAUGUGGCCCGAGCUUCUCAAGCGUUAUAAUCACUUGGUUGGACAGGGCUCUGUAUGCGACAAGCUCGUCGACGUUCUUGAAACGCUUCGGUGCGAAAGAGCCAAUGAAACGUACGAAGAGAGCGCUGGGUCAUCUACUCCGUCAUAUCUAGAGCGUCUUAAGACAACAUCCCCAGCUCUCCAUGAUAUCAUCUGCAAAGCUGUCCACUUCCGUGAACUAUCCUUGAAAAGCAAUUUUGACAAAGAAAAAGUUCCGUUCGUAUAUAUCAUGGGUUUAACAAUCUAUUAUGUCGAAACAAGAGUCAUGAAAGUUCUAGUUGUCACUGCGAGGUCAUUAGACGGCACUACGGUCAAAGACCCUUCAGAUGCGGUUUCCUAG